AUGGUGAACAAAGAUGGGAGACUGCUAAUUGUCGUUGAGGUGGCAGGGGACAUCAAUCAAAGUGAGUGGAAGAGGUUGUAUGCUGCUUCUAAGCAGUGUCUGACAAGUGGUAGCAAAAUCAUAAUCACAAGCCGGUCCGACAAGAUCACAAAGCUUGGAACGACGAGGGCAAUAACACUGAAAUAUAUGUCCGACGAAGCAUACUGCUACUUCUUCAAGACACUUACAUUUGGAAGCACAGAUCCCACGAUGCACCCGAGGAUGGCUUACCUGGCCAUGGAGAUAGCCAGGACGUCGAAAGGAUCUUUCUUUGGUGCAACAAGCACUGCAUGUUUACUGAGGGACAACUUUGACAUCCCCUUUUGGUGCAAGUUUUUGGUCUUUGCGAGAGGUUUCAUCAAGUGGCACGUCUCCACAUUUGGUGAUCAUCCAGGUGAUGCUCUGGACCAAAAUAGACCCACACAUCUUGGAAGAAUGGUUAGAACUUCGGAAGAGAUCGUGGUUCAUCAUCAGUAUGAGCGCUCUUCACAAGAGGAGAUUCCGAAGAUAGAGUUGCGACGUGUAAUAUAUGGAAGUGUUAGGCCUCCUGCUAGGAGGUUUGAUGUCCUAGUAUGGAGGUCCCCAAUACCGCCCUACUACAACUAUAUCUAUACUUGUGAGAUUCAGGAUCUGAAAACCACAGCUGCUAAGAGGAAGCGUUCGUCAUUAAUGGUGACAUUUUGA